GUCCUUGCUGUUGCGAGUCCAGGCGACUCCCAAAGCGUCGAAGAAGAGGUCAUGGAUGAUGAAGACAUGGACGCAGAGGACAGUGGAAGUCAGAAAGCGGACGAAAAAUCACUCACAGAAGGCGAUGGGAAGAAAAGAUUGAUACGAGAAACGCCUUGCGGGAAUGAUUGCACAAACGGGUGUAAUGCCAAAUUUCCCGAGGAGCUGAGGAUUAAAAUCUACGACAUAUACUGGGGCUUUCAAGGGGGAUCCGAGGAACAACAGAAAUGGAUGGAGAAGUAUUGUAUAGAGAAAGCAAUACCAAAAAUAUCUGCGAAAUCGAUGGGCUCCACGAGGAAUCGCUCCUUCGUUUACUUAUACUUCCUACCUCAUCUGGAGCAGAACCUGCAGAAGAUACGCGUUUGUAAGAAAUUCUUGGCGGCAACGUUAGGCAUCACGGAACGCAUCUUGUCCGGUUUCGUGUACAGAUUCGUCGGAAACGGUGGCUUGGAUGUCGAAGACACCGAGUGGUCACCGAUGGCGGGCUACGAGAACUGCUCUCGCGAACAAAUGUUCCUCUUGCGGGAAUUCAUUCAGGGACUGCCGGCGGAGCCUGUACACUAUUGCCGGAACGAGCAAUGCACGAGAAAACUUUACGAGCUGCCGUCAUCAAUUCCCGACGUGAGCACGUUGUACGGCAUGUACUCGUCGUCCGAGGAGAGCUUGAAUCGCGAGCCGGUCGACGAGGGCGUGUUCAGAAACGUGCUCUACCAGGAUUACAACCUCUCCUUCUGCACCGCGACGCGCGGAGACAUCUGUUCUGUCCGGGAGUACCGGAAGAGCGGCAAAAAGUAGUCCGAUUCGCUCACUCAUUGAUUAUAGUGAACUCAUCGACCAUCACUCCAUCAAUCGAUCGAAUCACGCUCAACCACGAGCUCCAAGCUCGGGAGGAAAUCGUCAGAGCUUUCAUCAUCUGGUGGUGUUUCGAUUGACUCGUAUAUGAUUCACGAUUUCGCAGCAUUCAACUUGCGACUGCGGGAAAUUCCUUUUCUUUCUCGAAUUCACCGUCGACUCCAUUCGGCUGAGAGAAAGGGAAUUCCUCAACUCGCUUUUAUACAGACCUGCAGCUAUUUUUAUUGAUCCUGAUCCCUUCUCAGUCCUCAUAUGUCGGCUCCGAGAACGAACUGUAAACAGCUUUCACGACGAGAUUGUAACUCAAGCGGCCAUAGAGAUGACCAUCAUCAUUCUGUACGACAUCCUUCAACAGUCAACGCGAUUCUCCAGAGCGACGACUGAUUGAGGAGUCUGUCGCAGAUGGUCCGUGGCAAUCGACACUUCGAUUUGGCAUACCUCGGAGAUUCGAUGUGGAAUAAUUCUGCAAUCAGGUGCGGAAUCACCGGAAUUAAGAAUCGGCUGUCAUCUCGGAUGGAUAGCUCGAGGCAAAAUGU